CCCGCCCAUUGGGCGCGGCCGUGACGCAGCGCGCGCGCGCCCGCCGCCCCCUCCCGCCCCCUGGCGGCGGCGCCGUGUGACGUGGCGCUUCCGGCGCGCGGGCGGCGGCGGCGGGAGGCGGUCGGGGAUGGCCUGACCCUGCCCCGCUGGGCACCGAGGGGCUACGGGACCCUCCGGGACCCCCCGGACCCUCCGCCCGGCCCGGUGAGGUGAGCGCAGCGCUGCCGGUUCGGUGCCUCGGGAGCGAGGAGGAAAAUCUGCAGGCAGGAGCUCCCGCCGGGCACCGGGAGCAGCCCCGGGAUCUGUUGUGAGCCCGAAGGCGGCACCGGGACAGCCCCGGGCGUCCCCGCCGCCCAGCCCGGUCACACCGGGGGUCACACCGGGCACCGGGCGGGGAUAGAGGUCCCGUGGCGGAGAUGGAGCCCCCGGCCGCCCCCCUGAUCCUGGGGGUGGGGGACGAGGUGACGCUGGUGGCCGGGGUGGCCGUGCUGGCCCUGGCGCUGGUGCUGGCCUGGCUCUCCACGUACGUGGCCGAUGGCGGCAGCCCGCUCCUGGGCACCGGGGACGCGGCCGUGAUCCGCCUCGGGCCCCUCCCGCCCUACGCGGGGCCCGCGGGGGCGGCCGAGGCUCCGGAGCCCCCCAGAGCCCCCGAGAGCGCGGAGGAGAAAACAGAGGAGGAACGGGGGGCGGCGGCACCGGGGGACAGCGGGAGCGCCCCCGGUACCGGCCUGGAGCCGCUCCGGGACGUCCCGAGCUUGUCGCAAGGCCCGGCCGAGCCCGGAGCCCCCGGCGGGGAGGACGCGUGCCCCGGACUCAUCAAGAUCCGCCUCAAGUUCCUCAACGACACCGAGGAGGUGGCAGUGGCCCGGCCCGAGGACACCGUGGGGAUUCUCAAGAGCAAAUACUUCCCGGGCCAGGAGAGCCAGAUGAAGCUCAUCUACCGCGGGCAGCUGCUGCAGGACCAGGCGCGGACGCUGCGCUCGCUGCGCAUCACCGAUAACUGUGUCAUCCACUGCCACCGCUCCCGGGGGGCUUCUGUGGCCACCCCGGCCCUGCCCGAGCCCGGCCCCGCGGCCCCGGGGCUGCCCCUGGCCGGGGGCACCCUCAUGGUCCCCACGGUGAUGGUGGUGCUGGCGCUCGGUUGGUAUUUCCGCAUCAACUACCGGCAGCUCUUCACGGCCCCGGCCACCGUGUCCCUGAUCGGUGUCACCGUCCUGGUGACCUUCCUGGCCUUCGGGGUGUACGGACAGGCGGGAUGAGGCUGGGGAGGCACCGCGCUGUCCCCGUCCUUGCGCUGUGACCGCAGCCAGCGCCGUGGGAGCUCAGCGCCCACGUCCCAGCCUUGCAGCCGGACUUUACCCCCCAAAAAGGGGCUGUGCCCCCCCCCCAAACUCCAUUCCCUCUCCCCCAGCCCCAAUCCCAGCUCGGGGGAGUGGGACAGCACUGGAACGGGCUAUGGCUUCUUCCUAAGGACUUUUAAAAGCAAAUAAAGGGUGUCAAGUCA